CGGGUGGACCAUGGCGUCCUCGGCUCGCCUGGUCACCAUCAAGCGGAGCGGCGACGAUGGCGCACACUUCCCGCUGAGCCUCAGCUCCUGUCUGUUUGGAAGGAGUAUUGAAUGUGACAUUCGUAUCCAGCUGCCCGUAGUGUCAAAAAAACACUGCAAAAUUGAAGUCAAAGAGCAAGAGGCAAUAUUAUAUAAUUUCAGUUCCACCAAUCCAACGCAAGUAAAUGGGGCUACUAUAGAUGAGCCUGUGAGGCUGAGACAUGGAGACAUAAUAACAAUCAUUGACCGCUCCUUUAGGUAUGAAGAUGGAAGUCAUGAAGAUGGAAGCAAGUCAACAGAAUUUCCAGGAAAGUCACUUGGAAAGGAACCAGCGAGGCAAGUCUCAAGAGAUAGCUUCUGUGCUGACCCUGAUGGGAAAGGUCAAGACACCAAAGCUUCACAAAUGACUGCUUCAAGAAGAUCUUUCGUGCAUGCCAAGGGCCUUUCUGCAGAUAGUCCUGCCUCAGAUGGCUCAAAAACCAGUGUUACCCAAGAUUCAUCAGGGCAUGUAGAACAGCACAAUGGCAGAAACAUAGUAGAGCCCACUUCUGGAGCCUCGUUAAGAAGUCCAGGGCUACAGGGAGCAGUUACAGGGAACUGAAGUCCUCCUGCACAGAGCCUUAGCAAUAGCAACAAAAAGGAAUCUCCCUUUGAGAAACUUUAUCAAUCGAUGAAGGAAGAGUUGGAUGUAAAAUCACAGAAAUCUUCUAGAAAAUCAGAACCCCAACCUGACCGUGCAGCAGAAGAAUCGUGGGAGACACAGCUAUUGGUGCCAUGCAAGGCAAGAGCAAAGUCUAGUGGAAGCACCCCUGGUACUGCAACCUCUUCACCCAAAGUAGGGAAGAUCUGGACCGAGAGAUGGAGCGGUGGAAUGGGGCCUGUUCAGACUUCCACAGAGACAGCUAAAAUGAAGACCCCUGUGCGGCAUUCACAGCAACUUAAGGAGGAAGACUCUCGUGUUACUGGCAGAAGACGUUCUGUGAAUCUGGAUGAAGGUGAAAGUGCUCAGGCAGUUCAUAAAAUAGUCAUUCCUGGGAAACUGGUAACUACAAACCAAGCUGCGGUGGAGGCUGGAGAUGUGGCCAGCCCUGCUGAUACACCAGAACAUUCCUCUUCCAAAAAGAGAAGAAGUAUUCCUGCGAAGGUAGAGGUUCCAUCUGCAGAGACACAAAAGCGGCUCUCUUUAACUCAGUGCCUUGUUCCAGGUGAAAAGAAAACUCCCAAGAAUUCCUUCAGCAAGCCUGAGAAACUGGCCACAGCAGCCGAACAGACUUGCUCUGGCCUACCUGGUCUUAGUUCCGUUGAUAUCAGCAACUUUGGUGAUUCCAUUAACAAGAGUGAGGGAAUGCCUUUGAAGAGAAGACGUGUAUCCUUUGGUGGACAUCUAAGACCUGAAUUAUUUGAUGAAAACUUGCCUCCUAAUACACCACUCAAAAGAGGAGAAACACCAACCAAGAGGAAGUCUCUUGGCACUCACAGUCCAGCUGUCCUGAAGAAAAUCAUCAAGGAACAGCCCCAGUCUCCAGGGAAACAAGAGUCUCCUGGAAUAACUCCAUCGAGAACAAAUGAUCAAAGACGCAGAUCAGUCAGGACUUCCAGUGGAAGCAAAUUCUUAUGUGAGACAGAUAUUCCCAAGAAAGCAGGCAGGAAGAGCGGCAACCUGCCUGUGAAGAGAGCAUCCAUCAGCCGGAGUCAGCAUGGCAUUCUACAGAUGAUUUGCUCCAAAAGGAGGAGUGGAGCUUCUGAAGCCAACUUGAUUGUUGCAAAAUCGUGGGCUGAUGUUGUAAAACUUGGCGUGAAACAAACACAAAUGAAAGUUGUGAAACAUGUCCCUCAAAAGCAGACGAGCAAGAGACAAAGAAGACCCAGUACUCCAAAGAAACCCACAAGCAAUCUUCACAAUCAAUUUUCUACAGGCCAUGCAAACUCUCCCUGUACCAUUGUAGUAGGGAGAGCGCAGAUUGAAAAAGUAAGUGUGCCUGCCCGACCCUACAAAAUGCUGAACAACUUGAUGCUAAACCGAAAAGUGGAUUUCAGUGAAGAUCUGUCAGGACUAACUGAAAUGUUCAAGACUCCAGUGAAGGAGAAGCAGCAGCAGAUGAGUGAUACAGGCUCCAUUCUUUCCAAUUCAGAGAAUUUGUCUGAAAGACAAUUGCAAGUAACUAAUUCAGGACACAUACCGGAGCCCAUCACCUCAGACAUUUUGGGAGAAAAAGUGCUCUCCAGUACUCGGAAUGCAGCAAAGCAGCAAUCCGAUAGAUAUUCUGCAAGUCCUACCUUAAGACAGCGGAGCAUCAAACAUGAAAACACAGUGCAAACUCCUAAAAAUGUUCAUAACAUUACUGACCUUGAGAAGAAGACUCCAGUCUCUAAGACAGAGCCUCUGAAGACUGUAUCGAAUGUGAGCAAGUUAAGACGAUCUAGAGAGCUCAGACAUACCCUUGUGGAAAGUAGAAAUGAAAAAAUAGAAGCAGUCCUUCCUGAGAACAUCACAGCAAGACAUUUAAGGCAGACAUUUCGAGGACAAGAAGUAGAUCAACAGGUGCAGGACAGUGAAAACUCUUCACAAACAUGCAAGGAAAGUGGUGAAUUAAGUGAAGGUUCAGAAAAGACAUCAGCUAGGAGAGCAAGUGCCAGGAAGCAGAAACCAACAAAAGCCUUACUAGGAAGUCAAAUGGUCACCCAAACAGCAGACUAUGCUGAGGAACUACUUAGUCAAGGACAAGGAACCAUACAAAACCUAGAGGAAUCCAUGUACAUGCAAAAUACAUCAAUAAGUGAUGAUCAAGGAAUUACAAAAAAGAAAGAAUCCAGGCAUACUCCCAAAGUUCUAAAACUUGAGUGUGAAGAUAUCAAAGCUUUGAAGCAAUCUGAAAAUGAAAUGCUGACCCCAAAAGUAACUGGAAGCAAGAGGACUUUAGAAAAAUCUAAGGAAAAGGCUCAGCCCCUGGAAGACCUGACUGGUUUCCAGGAACUCUGUAUAACACCUGGUAACAUAAUCACAAAAAUGUCCAGCAAAUCUCCACACAAAGAACCAGUCAGAACCCCAUCGAGCACAAAGAGACUCUCCAAGACAAGUCUCAGUAAAGUGAAUGUGAGAGAAGAAUCUUCAACACAAGAACCUUCAACACUUGGGAAAAGAACAAAGUCACCAGGCAGAGCCCCAGGCACACCAGCACCAGUGCAGGAAGAAAAUGACACCACAGCUUUCAUGGAAACUCCAAAGCAGAAACUGGAUUUCACAGGAAAUUUACCAGGGCUUAGGAAACAGUUCAGAACACCUAAAGCAAAGGACCAACAUCUAGAAGACAUCACUGAUUUCCAGGAGAGUUUCCAAAUACCAGAUCAUGCUAAAGGCCCAUUAAUGGUUGUCAAAACCAAAAAAAUGUUCUUUAAUUCUCCACAACCAGAAAGUGCCAUAACCCGAAAGAGCAUAGAGAGACAGUCCAGGGCAAGUGUGAAUAAAAUGGAUAUUAAAGAAGAACUUUUAGAAUCAGAGGACCACUUACAAUUAGAAGGUGUAGAGACACUUCAGGUACCCACCAACAAUAAAGUCAUUAGAUCAUCUAGGAAACCUGCAAAGCGUAAACUGGAUCCAGCAGCUCGUAUGCCUGACAACAAGAGGAUGCGACGUUCUUCAAAGGAUAACACACCAUGCCUGGAAGACCUGGAUGGCUUCCAACAGCUCUUCCAAACACCAGGCUAUGCUAAGGACUCUUUGACCACUGGAAUCUCAACAAUGCUUGCUAGAUCACCACAAUUUGGACCAGUUAGAACCCAAAUCAACAGAAAGAGUCUGCCCAAGAUCAUCCUAAGAAAAGUAGAUGGGACAGAAGAACUUUCAGGUCUCCAGAAGCAGUCACUGGGCACAGCCCACACCUCACCAGUGCAGGAGGAUAAUGCAAUUAAAGCAAUUAUGGAGAUUCCAAAGGAAACACUGCAGACUGCAGCAGAUGGAACUAGGCUUACCAGACAGCCACAAACACCUAAGGAAAAAGUCCAACCACUGGAAGAUCAUGGUGGCUUCCAAGAACUCUUCCAAACAUCAUGCUACCGUUCUGAUCCAUUAAUUGGUAACAAACGAACAAGAAUGUCCUUGAGAUCUCCACAACCAGGAUUUGUUAGAACUCCACAAACCUCAAAGAGACUGGCUAAGACAAGUGUUGGGAAUGGUGCUGUGAGAGACAUUAUCUCUCCAGUGAAUCUGCCACGGUGUGCUAUAGGGGAGGUUGUACAUAUACCCAUAAGGCCAGAAGAUGACACGGGGAACAAAGGUGUGAAGGAAUCCACACCUCAGACACUGGGCUCAGUAAAUCUAACUGUCAGCAAGAAACAGCAAGGGGCACAUGAGGAAACGUCUCAGUUCUCAGACUUAUUUCAUCUCCAAGAGCUCUUUCAAACACCAGCCAGUGGCAAAGACCCAGUAACUGUUGGUGAAACUACAAAAAUAGCUCUGCAAUCUCCACAACCAGGACAUAUCAGGACCCCAGCAAGCAUGAAGAGACAGUCCAAGAUGAGUCUCAUGAAAGACAUGAGAGAACUUUCCAUACUUGAGAAACAAACACAGUCACAAAGCAGAGCCGCAGGCACACCAGCACAAGUGAAGGAAAGAAAUGGCUCCACAGCCAUUAUGGAAACUCCAAAGCAGAAACUGGAUUUCACAGGAACUUCAACAGGAUAUAAGAGAAGGUCACAGACACCUAAGAACAGGGCUCAGCCCCUAGAAGACCUGGAUGGCUUCCAAGAACUCUUCCAAACACCAACUGGUGCCAGUGACUCAGUGACUGUUGAGGAAAGUGGAAAGAUGUCUUUGGAAUCUUCACACGCAGAACCAGUCAGAACCCCAUCGAGCACAAAGAGACUCUCCAAGACAGGUCUCAGUAAGAUGGAUGUGAGAGAAGAACCUUCAACACUUGGGAAAAGAACAAAGUCACCAGGCAGAGCCCCAGGCACACCAGCACCAGUGCAGGAAGAAAAUGACAGCCGAGCCUUCAUGGAAACUCCAAAGCAGAAACUGGAUUUCACAGGAAAUUCAACAGGAUAUAAGAGGAGGUCACGGAUACCUAAGAACAGGGCUCAGCCCCUAGAAGACCUGGAUGGCUUCCAAGAACUCUUCCAAACACCAGCUGGUGCCAGUGACCCUGUGAGUGUUGAAGAAAGUGCAAAGAUGUCUUUGGAAUCUUCACAAGCAGAACCAGUCAGAACCCCGGCAAGCAUAAAUAGACUGUCCAAGACAGGUCUCAGUAAGAUGGAUGUGAGAGGAGAGCACUCUCCGCUCAGUAAGUCAAGCUGUGCAUCACAGAAAGUCAUACAAACCCUCACUCUUGCAGAAAACCAUGGCAGAGAGACCAAAGAUGUGACAGUAUUGUUAGCUCAGAAAUUGGACCCAGCAAUAUAUGUUACUCGUGGCAAGAGGCAGCAAGGGUCAUGUAAGAAGAGGUCCCAGUCCUCAGAAGAACUCUUUGGUCUUCAGGAGCUCUUCCAAACAUCAGGCCAUAACAAGGAUUCAGUGACACUGGACAAUAUUGCAAAACUGCCCAGCUUGUCUCCACCACCAGAGCCAACAGAAACUUCAGUAACCUCUCGGAGACAGGCCAGAACUGGUCUGAGGAAAGUUCAUGUGAAAAAUGAACUUUCAGGAGACAUAAUGCAUCCACAAAUAUCAGGGGAAAUAGUAGACUUACCUAGAGAACCAGAAGGUGAAGACAAAGUCAUUAAAACAAGGAAGCAAUCUGUAAAAUGGAAAUUGGACACAGAAGUAAAUGUGCCUCGCAGUAAGAGGCAAAGAAUUACAAGAACAGAAAAAACCCUAGAGGAUCUGCCUGGCUUCCAAGAGCUCUGCCAAGCUCCAAGCUUGGUAAUGAUUGUUGAGAAAACCACAAAGAUGCCCAGCAAAUCUCCAGAACCUGUGGAUACAACUUCAGAGACACAGCCAAGAAGACUCAGGAGACUGGUUGUUACUGAAGAGCCCAUACCACAAAGAAAGACAAGAGUAUUAAGGCAAACUAGAAACACACAGAAAGAGCCCAUAGGUGACAGUAAAGGUAUGGAAGAGUUUAAGGAAUCUUCAGCACAGAAACAAGACCCAACUGUAAGUUUAACUGGCAGGAGGAACCGAACAAGGACAGUUAAGGAAAAGACUCAACCCUUGGAAGAACUCACCAGUUUCCAAGAGGAAACUACCAAAAGAAUAUCUUCCAAAUCUCCACAGCCAGAAGAGAAGAAAACCUUAGCAGGCUCAAAGAGGCAGCUCAGAAUGCAACUACUCAACGCUGGUGUAAAAGAAGAGCCCACAGCACAGAGAAAUCAACCAGCCAGGCAAACCAGGAACACACUCAAAGAGCCUGUGAGUGACAGUAUAAAUGCUGAAGAGGUUAAGAAGUCUACAACGCAGAAAAUUGAUCCAGUAGCAAGUGUGCCUGUCAGCAAGAGACCACGGAGGGUACCCAAGGAAAAGGCACAGGCCCUAGAGUUGGCUGGUCUCAAAGGACCAAUCCAAACCCUAGGCCACACUGAGGAAUCAGCAAGUGGUAAGGGACCCACACAGAUGCCCUGUAAUUCUCUACAACCAGAGCAAGUUGACAGCCUCCAAACCUUACCAAGACGACCCAGGACAAGACAUGGGAAAGUAGAGGCAGAUGAAGAGCCUUCAGCAAUAAGGAAGACAGUGUCAACAUCAAGGCAAACUAUGCAAUCCCACAAGGUCCCUGAAAUUGAUAACAAUGGUACCCAAGUUUCAAAGGCCUCCAUAAAGCAGACAUUAGAUACAGUAGCUAAAGUAACUGGCAGCAGGAGGCAGCUAAGGACACAUAAGGAUGGCGUUCGACCUCUUGAAGUGUUAGGUGACUCCAAAGAAAUAACCCAAAUAUCAGAUCACUCUGAGAAACUAGCACAUGACACUAGUAUCCUUAAGAGCACUCAACAGCAAAAGCCAGACUCGGUAAAACCUCUGAGAACAUGCAGAAGAGUGCUGAGGGCCUCUAAAGAGGACCCCAAGGAAGUGUUGGUGGACACCAGAGACCUUGCAACAUUACAAAGCAAAAGCAACCCUUUCCUGUCCCCCAAGAGGAAGUCUGCAAGAGAUGGAAGCAUUGUGAGAACCAGGGCUUUGCGCUCUGUAGCACCAAAGCAGGAAGCAACAGAUGAGAAGCCUGAACCUAAGAAAAAAAGGGCUGCUUCCAGCAAGAGGCAUGUAUCACCUGAGCCUGUAAAGAUGAAACACCUGAGAAUCGUGUCAAACAAACUUGAAUCUGUGGAAGAGCAGGUUAGCACUGUUAUGAAAGGAGAAGAAAUGGAAGCCAAAGGAGAAAACCCUGUCACUCCAGAUGAGAAAACACCCCAGAACUCUAGGUACCGAAAGAAAACCAAUGAAAAACAGCCAAGACCCAAGUUUGAUGCAUCUGCAGAGAAUGUUGGGAUAAAGAAAAAUGAGACUGUGAAGACUGCCUCCCAGGAGACAGAGCUGCAGAAUCCAGAUGAUGGAGCCAAGAAAUCUACAGCUCAGGGCAAAGUCAGUGGGAAAAGAAUGUGCUUGAGGUCUAGAGGAACGACUGAGAUUCCCCAGCCUUGUGAAGCAGAAGAGAAAACAAGCAAAUCAGGUGCAGAAACCUUGAUAAAGACUCAGAAAGAGAAAGGAAUCUCUGGAGAUUCCGAUGUUAGGUGUUUGAGAUCCAGAAAAACUAGAGUCGCUUUGGACAGUGAACCUAAGCCAAGGGUAACUGGAGGAGCCAAGCAAGAUGCAAAAACUCUGAAGGAGGAUGAAGACAUUGCAUGCACCAGGAAGUUAAGAACAAGAAGUUAAAAACAAGAAGUUACCAGAAAAGUGAAACUACUUAGCAAAGACAUUUAAGAAGGAAAAGUAGAUUUGAG